CCUUGCUUUUUAUCAGAUAAGGUAACCUCCUUGUGAGUUCCCCAUCCAUGGCGGAAGCUUACAGAAUCUUCCAUGCAUCCCUCUUCCCAUCGCUUUCUCUACAACUCAGCAAGCCCUCUCACGGUUACCCUUCCCUCCUUUCUCUCAAGCAAGCUCCACGCACCCUUCAAUGCUCUGUUUCCACAAGCGAAUCCAAAUCGAAUGCCACCCAGGAAGUUCCCUGGGGCUGCGAUAUUGAUUCCUUGGAGAACGCCGAGGCCCUUCAGAAAUGGCUGUCGGUUUCCGGGUUGCCUCCCCAGAAGAUGGCCAUAGACAAAGUAGAAGUGGGGGAGCGAGGAUUGGUUGCUUUGAAGAAUAUCAGGAAGGGCGAGAAGCUUCUCUUUGUGCCUCCCUCUCUUUUCAUCACCGCGGAUUCCGAAUGGAGUUCCCCUGAGGCUGGCCAAGUAUUAAAACAGUAUUCUGUUCCAGAUUGGCCAUUGCUAGCAACCUAUCUUAUUAGCGAAGCAAGUGCCCAGAAAUCUUCGAGAUGGUGCAAAUACAUUUCAGCCCUUCCGCGACAGCCCUAUUCACUGUUGUACUGGACACGUGCAGAACUUGACAGGUAUCUUGAAGCAUCGCAGAUAAGGCAGCGGGCUAUUGAAAGAGUUAAUGAUGUUAUCGGAACAUAUAAUGAUUUAAGACUUCGGAUAUUUUCCAAAUAUCCUGAUCUAUUCCCAGAAGAGGUAUUCAAUAUGGAGACAUUCAGAUGGUCCUUUGGCAUUCUUUUCUCUCGAUUGGUUAGGCUACCUUCAAUGGAUGGAAAGGUUGCCUUGGUUCCUUGGGCAGAUAUGCUAAACCAUAGCUCUGAGGUGGAAACAUUCCUGGAUUAUGACAAAUCAUCGCAGGGUGUUGUCUUUACAACAGAUCGAGCAUAUCAGCCUGGUGAGCAGGUUUUCAUAUCAUAUGGAAAAAAAUCUAAUGGAGAGCUGUUGUUAUCUUACGGAUUUGUUCCGAAGGAGGGUACCAAUCCCAGUGAUUCUGUAGAGCUACCUCUGUCUCUUAAAAAAUCUGACAAAUGCUAUAAGGAGAAGUUGGGAGCUUUGGGGAAGCAUGGAUUAUCUGCUUCUCAGUGUUAUCCCAUACAAAUCAGUGGCUGGCCGUUGGAGUUAAUGGCGUAUGCUUACCUGACAGUCAGUCCCCCAAGCAUGAGCAAACAAUUUGAUGAGAUGACUGCUGCAGCAUCAAAUAAAUCUACCAUAAAAAAGGACUUAAGAUACCCUGAUAUUGAAGAAAAAGCGCUGCAAUUUAUUCUUGACAGUUGUGAAUCGAGCAUAUCGAAGUACUCCAAAUUUUUGCAAGAAAGUGGCUCCAUGGAUUUGGAUGUAACAUCUCCCAAGCAACUGAAUCGGAGAGUGUUUCUGAAACAGCUAGCUGUAGAUUUAUGUACAAGUGAGCAGAGAAUACUAUUCCGUGCUCAAUAUAUACUGAGGAGGAGAUUAAGGGACAUUAGGAGCGGUGAACUGAGAGCUUUAAGAAUCUUUGACGGAUUGCGAAACGUUUUCAAAUGAAGAUUUUCUUCAUGUACUCUGUUCUGGGUUUUUGUUGAGAUUCACUGAGGUAUCCAGUGAAAUUCUUUCAGAAUUAGCCCAAGGAAUUCUUCAUGUAAUCGUAGAAAUUUAGCAGAAGAAGUAAUGACAUGAGCCCCGACCAAACACGUCUGUUUUUAUCAGCAAAUUUUCCA